CUCAACCAACCAUGGCGUCGCCGGCGUUAACAACCGGUUACCGGAACCUCACCUCCCCACUCUCUCUCCUCCGCACUUUAGCAUCCACCCGUUUCACCACUCCGUUACUUCACUACAAACACUCUCCACGUCUCACUUCUUCUUCUUCAAGGAGACUCACUUGCUUGUCUUCACUUCAAACCGACUCCACGAAUCAAACCACUCUCGCCUCUUCAGGAUACCCUGAAUACAAUCGGUUGAUGCCAUGUCCUGCACACAACUUUCCUCCAAGGAUUGAACAUAUGGUUGUUUUAGAAGACGUUCGUGUUGCUGAUUAUAUCUCUAAGCAUUUAAAUCUUCCUCCUUUAUAUGUUGCAGACCUUAUUGAAUUUGGAGCUGUGCAUUACGCUCUUGUGUGUCCUAAGCCUCCACUCACUGCGACUCCUGAGCAAGUUAAGCUCUUUAAAGAAGUGACCUCUCCUUCGGUACUGAGCAAGAGAACUUCUAUUAAAGGUAAAACCGUUAGAGAAGCUCAGAAGACGUUUCGUGUCACUCAUGUUAAUCAGUUUGUUGAAGCUGGGACUUACUUGCGUGUCCACGUUCACCCAAAACGUUCCCCAAGGUGUUAUGAAAUUGAUUGGAAGUCUCGGAUUAUUGCUGUGACUGACUCUUAUGUCGUUUUGGAUAAACCUGCUGGCACUACGGUUGGGGGAACCACAGAUAACAUAGAAGAGAGCUGUGCGACAUUUGCCUCACGUGCAUUAGAUUUGGCAGAACCAUUGAAGACAACACAUCAGAUUGAUAACUGUACAGAAGGAUGUGUCAUCUUUGCUAGGACAAAAGAGUAUUGCUCGGUCUUCCACACAAAGAUAAGAAAUAAAGAAGUGAAGAAGCUUUAUCGUGCUCUUGCUGCUGCACCUCUUCCCUGUGGAAUCAUCUCACAUUAUAUGCGCCCUGUUAAUAUGGCUCCAAGACUCGUAUCCGAAGAUUCGAUCAAAGGCUGGCACUUGUGUCAACUGGAGAUAUUAGAAUGUAAGAAGAUACCUUGGCCAGAUGCAGCUACUGAGAAGGAACAUAAUAUUGAAGACUGUGGAUGGACUUCAAAAGACUUCGCUUACGAAUGUACAAUAAACCUUUUAACAGGAAAGACUCACCAGAUCAGGGCCCAGCUUGCAGCUUGUGGAGCACCAUUGGUUGGUGACUCUAUGUACAUGCCAGCAGCAAUAGCAGAGACGGUGAAUCCUGGGAUCAACCCUUACGGGAAAGGAAAGGAACAUUGCACAAUGGAGGAGAAUGAUAAGGAAACAGCUGUUGCUGAAUGGAUUGAUAGGCAUGGGAAGGAACCAAAGGUAGGAAUAGGUCUUCAAGCUUGUCAAAUCUCGUGGGAGGAUGAAGAUGGAGAGCAUUUCUAUGAAGCUGGAACUCCUUGGUGGAGAUAAGAAAAAAGGAUAGAUUCAGUAGAGGAGCAAACAAAGUGGCUGAGAGAAAGAUCCAGCAAGAAUCUCCAUGUAGCCUUCUUGGUUUUAAAGGUAGAGUGGAGGCUAGGGAAACUCCAUAAAGAACACUCGCUUGUAAUUCCUCUUUGAUAUCUAUUCAAAGAUGUUGAGAAUCUUAUACCAACUUGCUUCAUGCAUAUGAGAGGUUUGCCUCAUGCAUAUGAGAGGUGGAGAAUUGUUUUUUUUUUUUUUGUUAUAAGCAAUGAAAAUGUCUUUGUUUAUUGGAACUUAAUAUAAAAUUUUAUUGAAGAAAUCAAACAAGAAAUACAAACAACAUGGGUCUUCCUUCAUAUGCAUCAUCAUCAUCUUUAGAUUGAGCUUAUGUGCUGGGAAAUGAAGUUCUUGUACCAAGAAGCUGAUAGUCUUGGGGUUCUCUCCAGAGUGUUGAAAUCGACGUGGUACAUAC